AUGCUGGUGAUUUUUAUAUUAAUCAUUAAAUAUAUUAAAAAACAGCCCGAUAAGUUCAUGAUUAUGGUUAUAUUGAUUAAUCAGCUCUUACAUAAGAAUCAAAGUGAUUCGCGAAAAUUUCGAGCACAGAAAAAAAAACAUGAAAACAACAGUCAAAUUAACGUUAGUGAAAUCAAAUCGAAACCAGUCCCACUCCAUUCAAAUCCUUUCCAUCGGCUUGCUGUUGACGUUGUCUGCUUCAAUCAGAUCAAUAUGAAUACAUACAAUGGUAACAAUGCUCUCGAGAUGAUGGUUCCAGGUGCUCAUACUCACCAUACCCAAAGACCUGAACAAUAUUGGCCAACAAUAAUAGAAAGACCUAGCAAUGAUUGGAUUUUCUCUAUAGAGGAUAUCAAAUUAUCUCCAUCUGUUCAAUCGGGGAUGUCCAUUGAUGAUGAACUAAUAGCAUAUCAGAAAUGUUUGGAUACUUUUGUCAAAGCUUCAAGAAAUUUAAAACUUCAUAGGUCAAAUAUAUUCUUUGCAAUGGUUUACCUAUUUAGAUUUUAUCAAAGAUGCUCAAUGCAACAUUUUAAAUGGCUUGAAACUGCACAGGCUUGCUUAUACCUAGCCUCAAAGAAGUUGGAAAACCAUAGAGGUUCAAAAGCUUUUGCCCUAGCUUUUGCAAGAUUUAUACGUCCUGAUACUGAUGAAACUACAAAAGAAUAUUGGAAAUGGAGAGAAGCUUUGGAAAACAACGAGGAGAUAUUACUGGAAAUGAUUUGUUUUGAUACUUCAAUUAAAAACCCAUAUGAAUUUUAUGAAUUCUUGAUUGAUUCAAACCCUUCCCAUAUUGACUUGAGAAAUGAUGCUAUAAGCAAGAUUGAAAAUUUAUCAAUUUGUCAAAUUUUUUUACUUUAUGAUAUGGAGAAAAUUUUCAUUACAUUAUUGGUGUUAUGUGCAAUUAGAAAAAAAAUAAAUUUCCCACUAAGGUACUUUGAAUUCAAUAUCAACCCUAAUGAAAUUUUGGAAAUUAAAAAAUCUUAUGAAUCAUUAAUUAAAAGAUAUCCGAAAAAUGUUGAACAACUGGGUGAUUUUCUGGAAUUGAAUGUCACCCUUGAAGAUAUUGAAAAUCUAUCAAAUGGAUCAACUUCUGAAUAUUUUGUUGAUCAUGGGAAAUCAACUACAAUAUCACCAUCUCCUGUUCAUGAGGAAAAUCAAGAAAAUAAAGCCCCUCAGGAUACCAAUGAUGAAAAUGCUCAACAGCCUAUAAAAGUUGCCUUUUCUAAAGAGGAAUCAAAUGGCGUAAUAUCAUCACAUCCAAUCACAAUACAGAGCAAUGAAACUACAGCUAAAUUUGAACCACCAGUGAUAGAAAAUAAGAUUGAGGAUAAACCAUUGAAUGAAACUGAUCAUGGUAACAAUGAUAAGAAUAUUAAUAAUAAUGAUGAUGACAAUGAUGACAAUAAGAAAGAGAAGGUUGAUGAAAAAGAAGAGGAACAAAAAGUGGUUACAGAAUCUAUUGAUGAAAAUAAAAAGAAAAUAGAGGAUGACGCAUCUGCUGGAAUAGACGCUAAAUCACCAAUUGAAUCAAAAGAUCAAGAUGUUGAGAUGAAAGAUGCUGAGCCUAAACUGGGAUCACCAAUUAGAGAACCAUCUGUUGAAUCUCAAAAGAAGGGUCAAGAAAAAACCAAUGACACGAAACCUUCCAGCAUUGGCUCCAAACCUAAAUCUUCAAUUUUCAUGAAGAAACCACCAAAACCUGCUCCUAAAAAGAUCAAACAUUCAACUGAAAGCACACUUCCAGAGAAAAGAGAUAUUCAUGAAGCUGAAAUAAUAGAAAAGUCUAUAGAACAACAGCUCGUUGAUAUUAAAAGAAGAGCAUUCAAGAAACCAACCCCAACCAAGUCAUCACCAGAGAGCCCAAAAGUUACAAAACCUACUGAGCCAACUACUCCAACUUCAUCACAUCUUAAAAAACCUUCAUCACAACACCAAACAGCUUCUCCAACAAAAGCACUUCUUUCACCUGGAAUCGAUGCAAAGCAAAAGAGAAAUGCAGUUUUUGCAAGCAGAGUUCCAUCCAAAUCAACUACGCCUGCACCACCUUCAAGUAUAGAAUCAACUACAAAAACCACAGAUAAACAACCAACAAAGAAGGAAGCUCAAACAGUCAGGAAACAAAGUGGUGAUUCAACCAAAAGGCAACAAACAGCAAGAUCUAAAAGACCUAAUUUACCAAUUCAUGAGCCAGUCGCUCCUAAAGCUGCAGAUAUUAGGAAACUGUCCAAAGCUGCACCAAAAUCUAAACCAAAGAAUACUGGGAAAGUUACAAGAACAAAAGCCCCAACAACUAGACUUUCAAAAAAAGUUACUCCUGUGAAUAUAUCCAACAUGGAAAAAUUCAAAAAAUUAUCAUCCUACAUUGAUUCUGAUCUUAGUGAUGUUGACGAUUCGGAUAAUUGA